AUGGCAGACGACUCUGGGUCGGACAGUGAGCCACAUAAUGGGGGCCAUUCUGACCCGGACACCGAUCGACGUACCACGAUAUACGUACCCAAAAUUCGUGUCGACUCCAAUCAAGCCACCAAUCUUUCGCCAGCUCGGAUUAUAAAGGCAAAGCCUAUGAUUUUAAGUGCCGCCGCAAAUUCAGCGGUAGAUCUUCGAUCCUUCUUUCUUCCCGAAAGGAAUAUCCUCCAGAUACAUCAAUCGGUUCUUAUGAGUGGUUGA